AUGGCGACCAACCAGGAGCACAACGCUGUCAACAACACAGCCACUCAAAACGUCAACGGCACCACCUCCCAUGACUUGGACAAAGCUACUCGAGGCAUGAGCAACGAAGAGAAAACCACAGCGGCCCAAGCUGCUCGCUUUGGCUACGGCCCAUUGGCACAUGUCCGUACAAAUGAUGAUGGUGGCGCACUGCCAGCUUUUGGUGGUGAAUUCCAACCUGGUCUUUACAAGGGAGUCGAGAACCGCAAAUUCGCCAAUCCCGCUCCUCUGGGUCUCUCAGCCUUUGCCCUGACCACCUUCGUCCUCAGCUUGAUCAACCUGGGAACACGAGGAUUGGCUCAAAACAACCUUGUUAUUUCUUUGGCCUUUGGCUAUGGAGGCCUUGUGCAGCUUCUCGCUGGCAUGUGGGAAAUGGCUGUUGGCAACACUUUCGGUGCUACCGCCCUCUCUUCCUACGGUGGUUUCUGGAUCUCCUUCGCCAUUAUCUUGACACCUGGAGGCUUUAAUAUUGAGGAAGGAAUCGUGGCUGCCGGAGGAGAAAAGGCACUACUUGACUCGCUAGGCUUCUACUUGAUGGGUUGGUUCAUCUUCACCACCAUUCUUCUCUUCUGCACUCUCAAAUCCACCGUGGCAUUCUUUUUCCUGUUCUUCACCCUCGAUCUGGCAUUCCUGUUGUUGGGCAUCGGAUAUCUCCAACCAUCUGGCGGACAUCCCAACACAUCAUGCAUCCGGGCAGGAGGUGCAUUCGGAAUCCUCGCUGCUUUUGCUGCUUGGUACAAUGCCCUCGCCGGUAUCGCAGAUACAUCGAACAGCUUUUUCAUCAUCCCAGUUGCCCAUUUCCCUUGGUCUGAGAAGGGCCGAGAAAUGCGCCGACCAGCGAAGACAGAGCAUACUGCUUAA